AUGUCUUCAUAUCCUGAUGGAGUGGAUUUCAAUCCUACAAAUCCAACUGUCAAACAUUCUUUGGUUCCCAUUUUUGUUUCUGCUGCAUUUGUCAUCAUCGUACUUUUAUUUUUAACAGUUUAUUUUUAUUGCAAGUCUAAGCAUAAUAACAACAAUAAUCCUCCUCCUCCCAAUAUGGAAUUGGAACUCCAAGGAAUUGGGACACCGGUGGCGGCAGCGGCACCUGUAGGGGUGCCACCAGAAGUGCGAAAAGGAAUUCCUUGGAUUACAUACAGUGAGGAUUUCGAAACACCGCACGGCGAGAAAAUUUGCGCCUUGUGCCAAGACGACUUCGAGCAUGGGGAUCAAAUUUCUAUAUUUCCGAGAUGCUCUCAUGUCUUGCACGCUGAGUGCAUGGACAAAUAUUUGAACCAUUCGGAAACUCUUUGCCUCUACUGUCGUCUGGCCAUCUGUAUCCCCACUCCUCCUGUGGAAGAAAGCGUGGGAACAAGCACUUCUGCUGCUGCUGCUGCUGCUGCUGCUGCUACAGAUGAGGAAGACGCAUCCAUAAAUAUUUCUGUAUCUAUACAUCCAUAA